AAUUUUUCAGAUUACAUGUUCGAACAGCGUUGUUGCCUCCUUUUACAUGUUGACGACAAAAUUAUGUUGGGCGUUAAGAUUUGACAAGUCCACAAAAAGAGAGUUUUUUGUUGUCGAUGAUUGAAGAGGGGACAGAUUCAGUAAUUUUAACUUUAAAGUUCAACGGUUAAGACGAAGGCAUUAUUCGGUCAUUCAUGUGCUGAGAAGCGACCAAUAUGGAUUCUUGUUCAGAAUUUACGGAUUUUCAGAGAAGGUUUAUAAACCUACUGAGCUAUGUUCAAGUGAGUUUGACGACGGUGGAAAAGAAUGCGAACGGAGAGUACGUUUUGGUCCCUGCAGGAUGGAUUCGAACAAUUUUGUACAUCCUUUUGGCAUCAAACACGAUUUUUAAGUGCAUUUACCUCCUCCUCCUCGUCUUUGGAUAUUACGGUCCCAUAGAAUUCUUGGACAUGAUGUCUUCACUCUUGUGGCUGUUGAUGUGUGUAGAAAUCUUACAAGAACUAUUAUUCUACGUGCAGACAUACCCACUUUUUGAAGUGCUGGCGAAUUUGUGGAAACUGGAGAACCAGAUAUAUCAGAAAUUGGGGAAACCCAUGGACUUAACAAAAAACAGCAAAUUCAGCCACACAUACACCCUCAUUCUGCACACAUUGAUAUUGGUCAUUGGCUGUAUUAUGAUUGGUGGGCAGUUUCUUUCGGACCCCAAGUAUGCUGUCUACACGUACUCAGCCUUCAAACGGGAUAAUAAUUGGUUGCUCGUCAUUUUCACCAUUCAUGAAGUUUGUUUCAUGUGGCAAGCCUGGACUGGAUACCUGAGCAUUGUGACCAUCAGUUCUUUAAAUGCCGUCGAACUGACCUACAUUUUGGACGGCAUGAGCAGAGCUAUGAAAGCUAUGAAAGCAAACUUUCCUCUGAGAAUGGAAGAUAUGAAGGAGACCAAGAUUAUUCCAAGAGCAAAUCGUGUUUGGGACAUGGAUUUGGGCAGUUUGUUGACAAUGAAGCAACAAAAAAUUCCUCGUAAAACUCGACAAGUUGUGGAGUAUAGAUCUUCCUACAAUAUCGAGACUUUGCUGUCGGACUAUGAAAGGUUGAUGUUGGCGUCGGACUUAUUGAAUGGGUGGUGCUCGUACAGAAUUGUGGGAGUUCAUUGCAUCGGAUAUAUUCAGUUUAUUACGGACGUUUUCAUGAUGAUUCGUAUCCUAAGGUUGACAGAUCUGGACAUUGCGACGGUAAUGUGGUAUGGGGAAGAUGCUGCUGCUUGUCUCUACAUGAUUUUCCGCAUGUUUUCACUCAUGUCAAGAGUGACACCUGCCUCUGAAAAUUUCAUGAGAGAGUUCCAACAUUUUCUUCAAUUUGAGAACCCAAUGAGAAAAAGCUUAAUUAAAGUGUCCAGAACGCUUCGACUUGUUUGUCUUCGACUUGGCCCGUCUGCAGUACGCCGCUCGACGGUUGGAGCUGCUGUCAUGCUGCUCAUGAAUUAUUAUUUGUGUGUUGCAUUGUGGAAAUGAAGUAAUUUAAAAAAGGUGGUCGGCGUAUGGUUCAGUAAUUGCUGUUGUUUAGAUAGUCGUUGUCACAUUUUACGUAAAUUGACCAUUGUGUAGUGCAAUUAGAUAUGUAACUCUUCAUAUGUACUUAAGACUUGGUAAUUAGCAAUUGGAGAAAGCUACCAGUCUUCGUUUUGCUAACAUUAAUUGCUUUGCAUAACUAAUAAGAGUAACAAUUACAAGAACUCCUUCACACGUAAUAUCAAUGAGUUGUGUGAGCAAUGCACAAAUUAAUUAACAUUUCAAUGCUGUACACAAUAUUUUAUAACCUUAUUUAGUGUAACAAUAUGCCUUGCUUAUUUGACUAUAUGAACUGAAAAUAAAGUUCAUUGCAAAGCUCAUCUAGAA